AGACACAUCUUCUACUACGAACCACCUCGAAACAGCGCUAUCGCCAUCAUCCGAGGAAGUGCAUUUAUUCGAUUCCCGUGAAGUCUAAUGUACUCAGAAUGCAGAUCGGGCCAAGGCAGACGAUUUCUUCGAUAAAAUGGACUCGUAUCUGCACCAUUAUAUCUGCCGGUCUCAACGGACUAUGUCACAGUCCAAGCCGCUGAACCAACCCCAUGUUAAGAUUGCCAUCAUCGACAGCGAAAUCAACCUGCCUUCCGUGAGGGAUAUUCAGAAUAUGAAGCUCACUACUCGUACCCGCAACGUCACAUACGGCAUCGACGCCAAGAUAAAAGACCGCCGCAAUUUUUGUGCUGGGGCUAUUGAUGAUUGUACUGACCAAGUCGGGCAUGGUACCAAGGCAGCGUGGCUACUGCACAAAGUGCCCCUAAAGCCGAGCUCUACAUUGCCAAAGUCUGCCACUCAACUAAAAUUCCUGCUAACGAAUCAUAUCAAAUCGCUGAUGCCAUAUAUUGGGCAGUUACCGAGUGGAAGGUCGACAUCAUCUCUCUAUCUAUCGGCCUUAAUGGUGCGGACAAUAGUAUCGAUAGAGCUAGAUGCUGCCGAGGAACUCGGCCUUCAUGUGAUCACCUUCGCUGCGUCCGGAAACGGUGGUGGGAAUGUGGCCCUCGCGUGGCUAGCUCAGAAGCCGGGGAUCAUAGCCGUUCAUGCGACCGACGGCCUCGGUUCCGAGGCCGGCUUCAGUCAGCGCGCGUCUCACGGCAAAGGCGGAGAGGCAAGUCGCGAUUUUCAGUUCGCAACGCUGGGGAAAGACAUACCGUAGAGUUGCAAGGCUUCCGGCGAGUGGAAACACAGCCUUAUAUCCGGCUCAUCCUUUGCCACGCCCAUCGCGGCAGGCAUUGCAGCCAACGUACUGGACUUUGCCAGAAGAAUGCAGCGACGACCAAACAUUUCACUUCAGCCGCUACAAACUAGUGCCGGCAUGCGGAAGAUCUUU